AUGUCAGAUCGAGACCAUUUCUCGCAAUUUGAAAGUGUCUCGGAAUUCCACCGGGAAAUUCCAGCCGAUUCGGACGAUCAGAAAUCGAAUCCGAUGCAUACCAAGCAGGAGAAAGACGACAUAGAAGUCAAAGACCCCUUAUUAAAAGGUAAAUUCUUAAUUUAGAUCAGACAGGCUAUAAUGUAAUGUUGAAAAGUUUCAAGUGACACAGAAAACAUUAAGCAAAGUAACACCUCAUUGCAAAGUCAAUGGUCGAGGAUAUAGGAUACGUCUCUCCUUUGUAACUGCUUGCUUGUGGCACAAAGCUCAUUGUAUGUCAUUUUGGAGAAGACCAAGCUGCUAUUUACAGCACGGAAUCUGCUGCGCGCCACAAAGCUCUUCUAAAAUAGAUAAAACUCAUAUUUAUUUCAAAUAUAAAGCUGUUACCAAUAUUACUGUGGACAUUUUUUUCUUUUCAUUACUGGUAUGAAUACAAAUCGAAGAUGCUUGGGUUGUGUUGGUGACUUUGUGAGCAUUUGAAAAAAUUCCCAAGCGUGCUUGUUAAUUCACGUUGUUCAUAAAGGUUUCCACGCAAAGAGGAAACGGGAAGAAGAAGAAACUUCAACAGAAGAGCUUAGCAUCAGCAAACGCCGCCACAGAACGACAUUUACGCAGGCUCAACUUGAUGCUUUGGAAGAAGCAUUUAACCGCUCGCAGUAUCCUGAUGUAUUCACGAGGGAACAGCUUGCAAAGGGAAUCAACUUGAACGAGGCCCGAGUACAGGUACGAAACUUGAAAGAACCACAAAUUGUCUCUUGUCUCUCUCUCUCUCUCUCUAUUUCUUGUCUUCUAGGCCUGCGCUCAUGGGCGGCCAAGGCUAAUCGAAUCAAUAGCUAUCUUUGUUUUUGUUAUUACUUUCAAUUAAAAGGACACAAAAACAUCUUGGGCUACCUGCACGUUCGAGGAAAAAAGAGAAUUGGAAUUAACAGCGCUGGGAUUAAACUUAUUUCAAAAGCGCGCACUUUUUGGUGAUUGACCCUGAUGGGCGCGUCGCUUUAAGGAGAAUUUCUGUUGAGAGAAAUGUUAAGUGUUAAUCUGUAAAGCUUAAAUUAGCUUAUGACGAUACCACGCAAGCGCAGUAAAGCUUCCACCUGCUUUGCGGCGCACGUGUGUAUAUGGUGUGAACAGACAGUUUAAUUAGCAGCUGUUGGAAGUUAUUACGGAAAGUAAACUUACCGCAUCGAUCUGACUCAAGAGGCCUUAAAAUUGAACGCAGAAAUUAUUGUGGUCAAGGAAGAAAAAUGUUUCCACUUUUCAAGUCCAAAGUGUAGGCGUCUUAUCUAGUCCGUCUGGAGAAUACAAUGGUUUUCUCUAGAACAGGGCAAAUUGUCAAGGUUUCUGUUUACCUAAGUUGAAGAAUUUCGCGCAUCUAUUAUUCAAGGAGUACCUUUUGUAUCAAUAUGAAUAAGGGCGGCAUUUGUUUUGUGAAAGCGUAUUUAGACGCAAAUGACACUUUUUAAAAUUUCUUAAGUUUGCCAUUAGCAAAUUAUUAUAUCGGAGGUCUGGGCGAAGUGGAAAUUGAAUUAUCGGGCAAAUUCGCUGGGAAAGAACACGGCUGCGUUUUUGCUCGCGUCAAACUUCUUCUGGCGAAUUCUAUACCGGAUUCAUUGUUGCAACAUGUUAUAAUUCUGAGGUUUAGGCUGAGGUCUAUGGCUUGAUCGAAUAUCUUAGUAAAUAGAGUUUAAAAAAACCAUAAGUGGCUUUUUAAAUUCAUUCAUCUUUGGAUGUCAUUAAUAAACAGUAAGCACUUGAAAAACAAGUAUUGUCUGAUAGGUGUGAAGGGCUUGACAGAACUCAACCUGCUAAGCAGUUAAAAUAAACAUUAAAAAAAAUUUGGCACUAACCUUUGGCCGAAAAACGUGAAUAAAAUAAUUGAAGAUAAUUUUUUUUCGUACUUGCUAGUUAAGCGGUUACACAAAUUGUUGGUGAAUCUCGAAUCGCAGAGAAUUAGUUUUUCCGAAAUUACCCACUUGAAUGACUCCUUUGUCCAAUCUCAAAGCGAACCCGCACUAUUUCGUAAAUUUUUAAGCAGAACAAGCAUUUGGUCAAAUUGAAACAAGAUAACGAAUUUAACUUCGUCGCAGUUGUUGAUAGAAGCCUCAGAUAACUGAUUAAUUUCAAGAGCGGCGAAGAAAAGCCAAUCUCUUACACACGGCCGCCUAAUUCCAAUGAGCGUACGUGUACGCUUCGUUUAGCCACUUCUUAAGUCUUAAGAAACCGUUUGAGAUUUUUGGAUAUUAGUGUAACGGCGAAUUAAAAAAAAAUUCCUUGUGUGAAAAAUAUUCACUAAGUCCCGACCAGAAACAGAGAGAUAAAGAGAUUUAUGAAAGCGAAUUUGGGACUUCUCCAUGUGUAAAUUUGCCAAAUUUGCAACGCUUCAUUUACCGCAAACCUGCUUUCGUGAUGUCGAAAGAAACUGAGCCAGCUAUGAUUAUGAAUUUACUAAUCUAUUGUUUAUUUUUCAAAUAAGAACAACACGUUCAGACCCAGAGAACCGUUAUACCAACAGGGCUAAUUCAAAAUUUAACUAAAUAUUCCUUUUCCAAAUAGAAUUUUAAAUAGCUUGGUCUAAUCAAUUCUUUUUAGAGACACACCUCUUAAAUUUCGAUGAGUUGUCUUACAUUACGUUUCCUAUACGUUUGUGCUGAAACCAGGACGGAAAUUUUUACGUUUUACGCAAGCGAAAUACAUGGAGGUAUAAAUGGCAACGUUUCUGAUUGUAAAAUGGAAAAAUAUAGCGGAGCUCUGUCAAUUUCUGGACGAUUUUGUACUUUAUUGUGAUAAUUGAUCAUUAUUGAUAGGAAGUUUUGCCCUAGAAUAAGCUGUGUAACAGAUAGCUCAUUAGCUCUUUUGAUACAAUUUACCGUAUGGCACGUGUUAUUAAUAUUUCAGGUAAAUAAGUUUCGUAUUGCCUGUUGAAUAUCAUCUCGGCGGGAGAAUAGAGUUCUUUCAUUAGUCGAGUAGGCAGUUAAUAAGCUGGGUUGAGUUUUCCUAAACAUCUAUUAUUCAAAUGCAGGCUGUGUUGUCGUGUUUUGACAAACAAUUUACCACUCCGCACAAAAGUUGAAAUAAAAGAUGAGGUUGAUAUAUUUGCGAGCUGUGAGUUUUUGAAAUGAUACGCUAUUUAUUGGCACGGGAAAGAACUCGCUGAGCUUUACGCGUGCCACGUGUUACAAUUGGGUUUUCUCGCUUGAAAAGUACAUGGCUGAAGGGGCGAUCAAACAGUUUUCGCUCGCGGACAGAUUCGUUUUUGGUUUUUUUUUUUUAGUUUUUCGAAGAGUAGUACAUACACAUGAGAGUUUCUAAAGCCUUUCUCUUUGUGCUGUAACAUCAUGUACUUUGACAUGCUGAGACACCUUGCCCUAAUUAAAGAAAGACCAAAGAACGGUGCUUAGAAAUUACUGAAGAUUGCAAAUUAAAAAUAAAACACGGGAAGUUUCAAACCCAGUUUCAUUGCUCUCGUUUUAACGACAAUGGAUCAUAAAUGGCGGCAAGAUUUUCGCGCUUCGUUAAUUUUGGUUUUCAAGUGUUCAUAUACCUGCAAAAUUCCGUUGUAAUAUUUCGAAAUUCAUCCCUGAAAUCUUCUUUUCUUCUUUUCAUUUGUAAAGAGUAAAAAAACCUGUCGGAUUGUUUUUUCUUCCGGAAAUUCAUACUAAUAACUAAAAGAAUGGGGCUAUAUUUGUGCCUUUUAAAAUAAAAACCGUAAUUCUUUUUAGCAAUUUUAUUUUCAGUGAUGAAAUUGGAUCUGCUGUAUAAAAGUUUUGAGACAAAAUUAAUCUCCCUACGAUUCACGAUUAUUUCCAUGCCAUUGUAAAUACACGUGUCUGUUGAUGAUUGCGUCGUGUCCUUUGUAAGGUGCAUGCUUCACUAAUUUUACUAUCCCUUAGGCCAUAUUCUAAUUUGGCUUUCAGUUCUGUAUUUUAUUGUCACUAUGUUCCUAUUGUUCUCCUUUUAAACUACCUUAAGCUUCCGUUUCACUACUGUCCACGUAGUAAAAUAUCUAUUUACGCAAUGCUCACUGAUUCAAAAAAUAUAUUUUUCCUUUUCAAUGUUCGACCUGAGUCAGCGCGAUCCUAGUGCAUGCAUCAUCGCGUUUUGCUGGCGAGUCACCGCGCGCGGGAGACAGUAGAGAUAAAAUUUAGCGAUAAAUGUGAGUACUUCUUAAAAGCAAGUAACGAUCUUAUUGAAAUAUUUUUUUUUUUCAGGUCUGGUUUCAAAAUCGGCGGGCGAAACAUCGAAAACAAGAACGCCAACACCCUCGGACGUCGUUCCCGUACCACUCAGGCAUUUAUUAUCCACAUGAAGGACUCUACUCUCCAGCUUCUCAUCUUUACUUUCCAGUCCCUCCCAUGACCUGCCCAGUCAGCUCUUUACCAGGCUCUAAGAAUAUCCUCGAAAGUCAUAGCCCUUCCUCACGCCCAGUCCGCUCCCCCUGCCGAUCUUGUCCGCCCGGGAGCCUUUGCUGUGGUGCGGGUCCGGCGCCUACUCCCCCUUGGAGUCCAGGCUUUGCACGGCCACUUUCGCCAUCUAAGAGCCCUCUUUAUGAGAAAGAAGGUUCGACGUCUCUCAAUUUGACACGAAAUGAUUGGUCAUCCAAAAGCCUGGCGCUAUUGAGAAUGCGUGCUCAGAGUUAUAGUCACGUGUUUGGUCCGUCAUGUUUCUCCUGAAAAUUUUACGCGCCAAAGGCUUGUUGAUAAGCCAAGGACCUUGGCCUAAGAUGGAAAUUCAUCGUGAGGCAAUGACUAGUAAACGCGUGACGUUCAACAUCAGAGAGAACUGAUCUGCAAGAAUACCUUAAAAAGACUCGUUUUGACAACGUGAGAUGUAACAGUUGUAACGGAUGGUUUGAUGAAUUUCCGUUUAACGUUAGCUGUGUACGGGGGUUUUUCACCUUGUUUUUGUUGUUUUUUGUUCUAUUAUUAUCUUUUUUUAACACGGUUAGAGGUUUCCAAAGAAAUAUUUGUGAGUUCUUGAGGAAUCGAUCAUUAUCAGUCGUCUUAGGGGGGAGCGGAAGUGUAAGGACUUGAGGGGGCACGUUCAUUCGUUCCCCCCCUCCUUUACCCAGGUGAUAAAUAAUGGGCGAUCUCUAGGCAAUAUUGGGUUUUUUUAUUUGUUUGUUUGUUUUUUUUAUGUUUAAGGGAUAACUCUUCAAAUUGGAGUUGAAUUAACUUUUCAAUUUAUUCAAUUUAUUCUUGACUAUUUAUUUUUGAGGGAUAUUUUGCUUAGCGCCACAAGAUUGAAAAAAAUCCUUUAAGAAGAGAGAGGUUAAUGAUAGAAUACUUAAACAUGGAAAAAAAGAUCAAAAACGUUGGUGGUCUUUUUCGACAGGCACAAAGUUUUAAUUAAAUUUUGUAGUAUCUUCGCUAAAUAAAGAGGGG